AGCUAUUGUUUUCCUAUAGUGAUUUGGUUCAUUUUCUACUUUGUUGCAUUUGUUGUAUUAUUAUAUAUGGUUUUUUGUUUUUUCUUUUAAUUUAACACUUAGUUUUUGCGUUGUGUUGUAGUUCUCCAAGGAUCUAUUUUCCAAAAAAACUUAAAUAAGUACAAUAGAAAUGGAUAAAUUACGACGAGUUCUUAACGGAAAUGAUUCCACCCCGGAAGAGGAGAGCAGUAUUAUCACACAGAUUAAUGAGAUGUCAACGCUCAGCUGGUCGACACGCAUCAAAGGCUUUUGCAUUUGCUUUGUACUUGGCAUCUUACUGUCGUUUCUCGGCUCGUUGGCACUCUUUCUACACCGCGGCAUAGUUGUGUUUGCGGUCUUUUAUACGCUCGGUAAUAUAAUAUCAAUGGCGAGUACCUGCUUUCUCAUGGGCCCAGUUAAUCAAAUUAAAAAAAUGUUUUCAUCCACACGCUUAAUAGCCACUUGCAUUGUACUUGUAUCUAUUGUUAUGACCUUUAUAGCUGCUAUUGUGCUCCAUAAAGCCGGCCUCACAUUAAUUUUCAUCAUUAUCCAAUCAUUAGCUAUGACCUGGUAUUCACUUUCCUAUAUACCAUACGCUCGCGAUGCGGUAAAGAAAACAGUAUCUGCUUGUCUUGACGUGUAAGCAACAAUAAUGUGGAAUGCAAUGCUUUGUGCUUCGGCGCAAUCGCAACAAGCGAUUCAUUAUAUUCAGCUAAGUAAUUUCGUUUAGAAGUUUGCUAGUAUUAUAUAGUUUCUUUGUAUUAGCUUCACUAAUUUAUUUAAGAAAAUUGCAAUUAUUGUUCAUUCACAAAAAUUUUAAGAAACUUCAGUUGGGAGGUAUUAACAAUUUAUUUAAACUUUUACAGUUUUAUUGUGUCGAAAUUAGUUCUAUAUGUACGUCGCUGCAAGCUACAGUGUAUGUAUGUUUAUAAUCGCAGCGAUAAUGUAAAUAGGAACAUUGUCCACUAACGCUAAGUGCUAUAUGACAAUAUUAAAUUUGCAAAAAAAGCAAGAAAAGUGUUUGACUAAAAUUCACGAUCAAUAAACAAUAGAAUAUUUACUACGAAACUGUAACUAUAUUUAUGAUAAUCUCUACUACACCUGCUGUUGAGUAAGGAAAGCUUAUACUGUCUAUUCUACACAAAACUGAUAUGUACUUUGCAAGGCGCAUUAAUUAAAGGCGGUGGCACUAGACCAACAACAAUGUUUUGUACGUUUGGUUGUCACGGCAAAGUAUUGGAAAAGUAGAAAACAAAAAAUUAAUUCGCCUUGUUAUAUUCUGUGCCGACACCCACAUGGACACAGCAAAAGAAAAAAAAUAUGAUUUACUAUAAUAACAUCACCUUUAAAAGAUUCGCCUUGGUAUUUUGGAAAAAAAUAAAUGAAAUAUAAAAUUUA